GUGCAAUUUCAGGAUAAUGUCAUCAAGACGCUCAUUAAAUUGGGAAUUUUUAUGCCAGCCGAGGAAAAUCUCCAGGGUUUUGCUUUAACCAGUUAGACCAGACUGCCUCCAAUAGUGCAAACUAGCCAGAUGCCUAUCUGCUGUUGAUUCCUGAACUGUGAUUUACAGCACCUUAGUCAAUUGGUGCUGCACAGAAUAACAUAAGAAACACCGGCAUACGUGCGCGGCUCGGGGAUGUGAACUCCUGUGCGUACUACAAUAUGUUGAGGUCCAUGACCAUAUUUACCAGAAAUUAAGUUGCUAUAUUUUUUCAAAUAUUGAUGCCUGAACAGAUUGGGUUGUGUCCACAGUUGUGCUACCAAUAUAAAUACUUGUGUCGUUCGGGAUUGAAAUGCUGUCAAGCUAGUUUUGCAACACAACGGGUAAAUGCAUUCAGUUAAAGGGAACUGAAACCAGUGUAAAUCUGAGCAGGGGUAAUGAAACACGUGCAGAUUUUCUCUACAUUACAAUUUUACAGCAGCAACACAGCGCGCGUGUAUUUUACAUUAAGACAGUUGCGUGUAUAUUAAAAUAGAGGACAUCUUAAUGGUAAUGCUGAGAGAAAUCGUCCACUUGCGAAGUGAAACGACAGUCGUUUGAUCCAGGGGUAACGUCAUCUUCAUAUAUGAAGCUAUCCAUGGGGCUGGGGGCAGGCUGUUGCUUUAACGACGUCUGGGAGCAAGAAGAUACUAAAGGAGGAAGGGGGUGGCUCAGUAUCAGCGAGGGCGAAUCGCUUGUAGAGCGGGUUCUAUCUGGGCAGAGAUACGAUGAGCGCGUGUGAAUUUCUCCACUUUGAAGAUAUUUUACUCCGCUCCAAUUCGCAAGGAUUUUUGGACGUGUCGCGACAAUGCUCAGAUAAAUAACGUUUGAAACGAAUAAAUGGAAGGAAGACAGGGUUGCGCAUUUGGAAUUCACUUGUCAUCGGGGGAGACGCAAUACUGGAAAUAAUGGGAAAUACUACACCCAAACCGUUUAUAGAUGCUAACCUCCAGCACCGCCCAGUGGCCAACAGGCAGUACUACACGCUGCCGGGCAGCGGCGUGGAGCGGCGCACGUCGGCCCCGCCCCUCAGCCUGAGCCUGGAGUCGCCGCGCUUCCACCCCCACGCCAAGGGCAAGAACAUCCGGCUGGACUCGCAGCUGCGGAGGGCCACGCGGCGGAACAGCUUCUGCAACGGCGUCACCUUCAGCCAGCGGCCCGUGCAGCUGUACCAGAAGGUGCGCCUGCGCCUGUCGGCGGUGCACAGCGGCUGGAGCGGGGCGCUGCGCUUCGGCUUCACCAGCCUGGACCCCGGCGAGCUGGGCGCCGCCGAAAUCCCCAAGUACGCCUGCCCCGACCUGGUGACGCGCCCGGGCUACUGGGCCAAGGCCCUGCCCGAGAGGCUGGCGCUGCGCGACAGCGUGCUGGCCUUCUGGGCCGACCGCCACGGCCGCGUCUUCUACGCCGUCAACGAGGGCGAGCCCGUCCUCUUCCACUGCGGCCUGAGCGUGGGCUGCCCGCUGUGGGCCAUCAUCGACAUCUACGGCAUCACGCAGGAGGUCACCAUGCUGGAGAGCACCUUCGCCGAGAGCCUGGGCUCAACCCGCCUGAGCGCCGCCCGUCUGAGCGCCUACCUGCCACAGAGCAACCACGACUCGGCCAACUACAACAACAACCAGCUGGAGACCAACCAGGCGGCCGCCGCCAAGAUGGCCACCCUGCAGCUGAUCCCCUGCUCGGCGUCCCCCUCCCCGUCGGCCUCCCCGUCCGGCUCGGCCCCCCCGGCCCGCCCGGCCCGCUGCGCGCCCCCCCCGCUGGAGGCGGACCUGCACUUCCACCCGGUGCGCGGCUCGGACGUGGUCCUCUCGGCCGACCGCUCGGUGGCCUGCAUCCACUUCCUGGAGGGCAGCCGGACGCUGGUGUUCGGCGACCGGCCGCUGCAGCCCGGGGAGAGCCUGUUCGUGGAGGCGGGGCACCUGGGCCUGCCGUACUUCGGGGCGCUCCUGUUCGGGGUGACGUCCUGCGACCCGGGCACCCUGCGGGCGGGGGACCUGCCGGCCGACCCCGAGGCGCUGCUGGACCGGAAGGAGUACUGGGUGGUGUACCGGGGCUGCCCCGCCCCCAGCGCAGGCGACGUGCUCAGCUUCACCCUGCUGGCCAGCGGGGAGGUGCACCACGCCGUCAACGGCGUCGGGCGGGGCCGUCUGCUCUGCGUGGACUCCUCCCAGGUGCUCUGGGUCUUCUUCAGCCUCCACGGCGCCGUCAACCGCCUCAGGAUUCUGGGGACAGCGCAGUCUAGCCCCCCUCCAGCCUCGCCCUCAGGAUCACCAAGAGGAACACCGGAUGACAGUGACUCUGACAUGGCCUUCAGCGUUAACCGCUCCUCUUCUGCCUCAGAGUCAUCGCUGGUGACGGCUCCCAGCUCCCCGCUGAGCCCGCCCCUCUCGCCAGCCUUCCCGCCCCCCGAGGUGCCCCCGGGCAGCAAGAACGGCGAGUGCACAGUGUGCUUCGACCAGGAGGUGGACACGGUCAUCUACACCUGCGGUCACAUGUGCCUCUGCAGCGACUGCGGCCAGAAGCUGAAGAGGCAGAUCAACGCCUGCUGCCCAAUCUGCCGCCGGCCAAUCAAGGACGUGAUUAAGACUUACAGGCCCUGAGGGCUACGGGCCCGCCCCCCUGUGAAAACCGCCAUGUGUCUGCCCCCCCUGCCUUCCUCAUUUGCACCAUCACUCUAUCUGUCUCUCUUUCUCUCUCUCUCUCUCUCUCGCUUUCUUCCCCAUUUCAUUACACAUGGCAGAGAACUUAUUAGCAGAGUGGCUGACAUGUCAGUCUCUCCUCCUCCCUCCCUCGUAUUUGUUGGCGACUGUAGUCAAUAGAUUCCCCGGCCCAACCGCCCUGUGGGGGUCAGAGGUCACAAACGGCACCAUAAAAGACUAGGAGGAGGAGUCAGGGGAGGGAAGGCUUCUAUCAGGAUUCUCGUGGCUGUCAGUGUGGAAGACCUGCCAGUGCCUUUGACUACAAGACGAACUGUCUGCUUUGACCCAGGAGAUAACGUUAUGACAAUCAUGACUGGUGUGGACUGAACUGAAAACACAGAGUGGUCUGUGUCCCCCCCGCACCGUGCAAGACUACAGAAAGCUUUGAUCUUGAUCUGAGGGGGCCUGUGUUUGAGGAAGACGUGGUGUGAUCCCAGAUGUAUGGAAGGAGCAGUGUUUAAGGAAGUGCAGAAGGGCUUAGCGUGUGGGCAGCAUGUUUAUAUGAGAAAAUAAUUGCGCCAUACUAUUAUGCGUUUCAAAGCCUGGCUGACUCACAGAAAUCGGCUUCCCUGAAUUUCCUGUUGAGAAGUUCAACUAAAGACAAGGCAGGCAGUGUAAGACUACCUGUUUUAAUGCCAUGUGUAUGCUUUGUAUGUGCAAUGUGUAGAAAGAGAACUGUAAGGACUCUAGGACACACAUUUCAGAAGGACAGAUUUCAAUUGUAAUGAAGAAGGAAGUAUAUAUUAAUGGUCUGGCUUUCAUUGACUUUAAUAACCAUUAUCAAAAUGUGUAAUUGAUGGCUUUACAGUCAAAAAAAUUAAAAUUCAGUGCUAACAUAGCAUCUCUUGUGUGAGAAACAAAUCAGCCGUUAACAAAACAAGCAAAUAGUAUUUGAGAAGAUAAAAUAACCAACUGUUUUCAUAAUAGCCAUGCUGACAUGCACAUUUGAGUGUUGAAAGCCUGUUUCUUAUUGCUUUGAAAAUUAAUUUGAAAUUCAGCUUUAAACAGAUGUAAUUUAGAUUCAUUUAAAGUGUGCUACACGGUAUUUAAAUUCAUUUUAAUGCCCCCCCAACCCCCAAGAAAAAAACAAAGUUUGUGUCGUAAGCGUCUUGUGUACAGUUUAUGCGGACGUUGUUUUUUUGUUUGUUUGUUUGUUUUUUGGAAGGCUGGGAAUAUUGAAUAGAAAUACAUUUUGUUAAGUUACACUGGCACUGCUACAAGUUACGUGGAGCGUCGUGCUGUCCCUGGCGCAUCGUGGCCUGUUGCUAACGCCGUGAAGUGUGCCUACCGCGCAUGUCCCGCGAAUUGUUCACAUUCGUGCGGGUGUUGCUGAUAAGGGAAGAGUACAGCACGCCAGAGCCCACCGCUCCAAAAGCAAUUAAAGCGGACAGACCGUGCCGCAAACACUCAGUCCCCCUUCGAGAGUGGCAGUUUACAAAAAGGCAGAAAAAUGGUGGGCGCGAGCAGGUUUCCUGUACGCUGUGCACUUUGAACUAACGAAACGGAAUUUGGAGCGUACCGCAUGCGUGAUGCAGCGACGCGUGACGGUCUUAUUCCCGCUACGACUGUCAUUCUUUUAAAAUCACUAGCAUUGUUUGAAACACAGUUCUCCGUUUUAAAGAGGUUGUUAGCAUAUUACUGAAGAGUAAAAAGACAAAACAUCGUAGGCAUGCUCAGGUGAGGUUAAGGCCUGAGCACUGAUGGUUCUGUUGCUUUUAGUGGACUAGCCUAUUUAAACAGCUUCUGGUUAAUUGCACAUAUAUCUAAACAGAUGAUGUUUCUGCAUCCAGGGUUAAUGUAGAUCUGCUGCACUUUCAAUAUUGCAAAGCUUGCACCAUGCAGCUAGUAAGCUUUAGAACAUAUUAGCUAACACAUUCAUGGGUUGCAAGUUAAUUCUAACAUUGGUUGACGCUCAUAGUAUCUAGUUUCAUAUUCAGCUGCUACUUUUUGCUAGCUUGCAAUAAGUUAUACUUUUUUUUUUUUUUAGAAUGAAUAACCUGGCAUCAGUAGCACCUUUCCUAAUCAAAAGAGUGCCAGCUUGAUAUUCAUUCUAGAUCUCGUAGGUCAGGUAUGUUCCAUUUCUCAUGUUUCUACAGCAGGUAACCCUGGACGCCUUGAAGUCUCGUUUGCUCAGAUUUAUGUGCACAGAGAGUCGGGAGCCACCGAUAAUCGCUUCGCAGGAGCUUCUGUCAGUCAGGAACACCCACAGCGGCUAUCUCACGCCACGCACGUCCAAUCAAGCGUCAGCAGGGACUCAGAGAGGUCACCCGCCUGGGUUAGCGCCACACAGGAUGCUGGAAUUCCAGGACCUAUCUGUCUGUGCCUAAACUGUCCUUUCUACUGCCACCGUGCCUUAUCAGGGGAAGCUUUUGCACUAAUUUCCUACGGAUAGUACAUAUUUCUUUCAUCUUCGCUCCUCUAUUUUGUAUUUCAGAAAUAAUAUGUAGAUAUGUACACAUUGCUUAGAGCUGUUUUCGACAGGAGAGGAGACCCCCCCCCCGCCACCCACCCCCCACAUCACCUCACGCACCUAAAAUAUUCCAGAGUGCCCACUAGCACAGAUGUGGAAUCAUGGAUUUGGUCAAAGGGCUGAAUUGACUACUCCCGGAAUAACCUACCUGUUACCUUUGCUGUGUAAUCUUUUUCACUCAUUCACAUAAUCUCUAAUAAAGACCUGGCCUCUACCUGUAACCUUCACUUAUCUAAUAAUUUUUAAAAAAUGUAAAACAAAAAAAAAAAAAACAACCAACCAAAGCUGCUUUGUCAAUGAUGAGAAACUAUGUUCUCAGGAAAGGGUUUGCAAGCAAAACUAAAAAUACAAAAAAGUGUUUAAAUACAGGAAACAAAAGAAAAAAAAUUUGUGAAUGUAAAUGUUAUUCUAAAUGCUGUGUUUGUACAAGCCCCAAGUUAAAUUACUGUUUCUUCACUCUUUCAGAAUUAUCUGAAGAGUGCGUUCAGUGGAACGGUAGAGGGCAGUAGAGAUUUAGAGCUGUAAUGUUUCAUUGAUGUCCCCUGUACAUUUGCUAUAUGUAGGUGCUACUUAUUUCACCCAAUGGAGAAAAAAAGAAAAAAAAUUAAUAUUGCUUUCAAAUGUGUAAUUUUGCCUGUGAUGUUUAUUAAAUGUAAAUCACAUUCUAAAGCUCAUUAAAUUUAUUGCCGUUCUACAAAACAGUUCUGAUAAUUCAGAGAUGUAUGUACUUGUGUUAAUUCAGAAUUAAAUCACAAAGAUCCAAAAAGUAA